AUGGUGAAGCUACGAGGGAUUGAGAUCUGCAUCAUAUCACAGUUCGACAUCUGCAAGCUACCAGAGUUUCAGUACCACAAGCCUUCUUCUGGACCGAAGGAUCCUUUCCAACUCAACUACCAGCACGAGAAUGCGCCCUCCUCGCCUUUUCCGUCUGUUGCUUGCUUCGUCCCAAUCUAUCCCGGCAGCCAGAUUUGGUUCGAAUACACCGUCGACGGCCCACAUCCUCCGGAAGCCGCCUGGUUCUUCAAACUCCUCAUCAACGGCAAGGUCGUCACAUCGUGGGAUUGCACGGCAAAGCAUGGUUUUCAUGGCAAAAUGAUGUAUAACCUGGUUAGCGAAGGCUUGGAUCCAGACAGUGGUCGCGCCGUGCUCAAGACACAGGCACUGAGAUUUGGAGAUGGACUGGAAGACGGCGAAAGAGGAAGCGAGUUCGAGACCUUGAACCAGGCCUGGGAGAGGCUGGCAGUAAGUCUCACAGUGUGCAGGUUGACCAACAGUGGUUAUCUUGAGCCCUGUAUUCGUCCUCGACGAUACAAGUAUCAACUCCUUGACCCGGUUGAUAUGCCAUACGCAGCUUUUCAAUUCCAUUUUCGCCCUUAUGAAUACUUCGAGGAGCAUGGCAUUGUCCAAUUGCAAGUUUGCCCUUCCACAUGCAGCACUAGAUCCUCAAUCAUAUCGGAGAGUUCAGGCAAUGUUCAGUUGGUGAUGAACGAAUCCGCACACGACACUGCGCAUGAACAUUGGGACGAUAGCUCACCACUUGGAAGUUCUCCUCGUCAGUCUUCCACACUGACAUCACCCACCAAAAUCGGACACAUCACCUCGAUAACAGAAAGACCGACACUGACAAAAACCAAGUCCUCCGCAAGCUCCAUCAAUAUCCCACUCAGUGACUCCGAUGAUUCGCUUAGCGUCAGAACCAAAGAUAGUAUCGAGGACUUAUCAUCAAGGGUCCCAAGAUCUCCAAGGUCUCCCAGAUCACCCAGCCGGCGCGAGAAAAACACAGAGGAUGAACGAACAAAGAGAAAUGCUGAAAUACCACCAUCACCAACCCCAUCGACCAAAUCACCUCGACAACGCUUGAAAAAGAAGCUCACGGUGACUAUCAACGGGGCAAACUUUGACGUGGACAGAAAACGACGACCACUAAGUCCUUUCAAUAGUGGUGGAAUGCUUAGGAAAGCGUGCGUGCCGCAGACGGCUCCAGCCACUGUCACAGAGUUUGGGCCGACGGUCGAAGAAGAAGUCAAACCCAAGCUCCAAAAGAGCUGGCCAGAAACGGAGACAAAAAUGACACUCAUCCCGACUUGCUUCACAACGUACACCUUCUACCUUCGUAAACUCAUGUCGUCUUAUCGCCGGCGCAGUGGGCACAACGGCCCUCAGCAGCCAUACAGACCAUAUCAUGCCUCACAACAAGAUGAUUUCUACGAUGACCGGUCGAGGUCACGAUCCCGAGAACGCAGACAGAGCUCCCCUCAGAAACGAAGUCCUCCACACGCCGACCACCAAUCGGACCGUCUCAGGGAGAAUUCCAUUUUCGUGGUCGGGCACGGAGUCCAGAUCGAAGACGUGACCGCAGCUAUGACAGGCGCAACCGGUAUUAUGAUGAUGAUCGCAGCUCGCCCUCUCCUCGCCGAGGCAGAUCUGCGUAUUAUGACCGAGACGACCCUCGCUCCGAUUCACGAGACUACCGCAGUCGAAGUCGAAGCAGAUAUCGGACCCCCUCAGACGAGAGACCACCGAGUCGAGGCGCUCCGAGCAGGGAAAUUAUGA